AUGGAUCCUCUAUGUAUUAUCGUGAGCCCAACGACUAGUUACGAUGCUCUUGUUAGCUCUGUGCUUGGCAAACUUGGUCUGGAAGGAGUGAAAAGGGUUAAGAAGUUUUUCUAUCGCAUUCCAAUCAUGGUGCUCCACGAUACGGUGAAGUAUGAUUGUUUCACGAUCGGGAGUGAUGAGGACUUGCAGGUCAUGUUUCUCUUUCGUAGGCAGUUUUCCGAGGUGAGGACACCAGAGCUGUUGGCGAAGUUCGUCAACGUGGUAUCUAGCUCUGGUGGGUCGAACCGGAAUGCCAACACUAUAGCCACGGCGGCCGGUUCGAGCUCAAGACCUGCGGUUGCUUCUUCCUCCAUUCCAGUGUAUGAGGCAGCGGUCCAGCCUGCCGCCUCCCCAUCAUUUGCUGUUGAUCUCGGCGGCAAUAUUGGAGACGAGGUUGGAUAUGGGGAACAUCAUCCGACUGAAGUACAGUGUCCUCCACCGGAUGGUGUUGGAGAGGGAUUGUGUGAUGAUCCAGAUGAUGAUGAAGUCGAGCCGGAUAUUAUCGCUGAUAAAAGUGGCGAUGAUGUUGGAGCGAGUGAUUCGAUAAGGCCUACUGGUGGUUCUAGUUCUGACACACAUCAGUACCCACCCCAUUUUUCAUCUUUGGAUCUAGAUGCCAUGAGGCAGGACGAACAUCCUGGGCAGCUAGCUGGAUUUGGCGCUAGAGAUACCGAAGGGUCUGCCGGUAUGACAGAGUUCCAGGUUGGUCAACAAUUCCAGGAUAAAGAUGAGGCGCUGUUGAGUGUCAAGACGUACAGCAUCCGCCGAGGGGUACAGUACAAGGUAGUUGAGUCUGACUAUCGCAGGUACGUGGGAAAGUGUUCUGAGUUUGGGAAUGGGUGCACAUGGUUGAUUAGGCUGAGUCUCCGACAACGCAAGGGCAUCUGGGAAGUCAAGCGGUACAACGGGCCGCAUACCUGUCUCGCCACCUCCAUCUCCAGCGACCAUAGGAGCUUGGACUACCACGUGAUAGCGACAUUCAUCAUGCCAAUGGUUAGGGCUGACGCAUCCGUGAACAUCAAGGUGCUUCUAAAUGCAACGGCAGCUCACUUUGGCUUCAGGCCUACAUACAGGAGGGUGUGGAUGGCGAAGCAGAAGGCGGUCGCAAUCAUCUACGGGGACUGGAAUGAGUCGUACAACGAGCUCCCUCGGUGGGUCUUAGGAGUUCAGUUGACUAUGCCUGGCACUGUAGCAGUCCUCAGGACCUGCCCUGUUCGAGUCAGUGGACAGGUGGACGAGUCUCAGGCUUAUUUUCAUAGGAUGUUCUGGACUUUUUCCCCUUGUAUCGAAGCAUUUCGUCAUUGCAAGCCGUUGGUGAGUAUUGACGGCACCCAUCUAUAUGGCAAGUAUGGGGGAACGUUGCUUGUGGCGAUUGCACAGGACGGGAAUUCCAACAUACUCCCUGUGGCAUUCGCACUAGUUGAGGGUGAGAAUGCUCAAUCAUGUGUGGUCGCCGUGAAACAACGGCGUGGAACCCGUGUCCUGUGUGGUCGCCGUACAAGUGGCUCCUCGUCCUCAAUCGAGUCGCUGUCGUCAUCAGGAGCUGCCUGUGUCUGGGUCCUCGGCGGGACAUGGACGGGUCUGGAUGAUGACGGGCCGGCAACUGAAUGUGACCCCUGA